AUGCGGCGCCUGGCUUGUUCCCUGGGCUUCGGCUUCUUGUUGCAGGCCAUGGAAGCAUUGCUCUUCGCUUCUUUGGCUCCCGUACCAUUGGCUGCCUCUCAGGGUCUUUUCCCAAGGCUGGAGAAUGUGGGUGCUUUCAAGAACGUUUCACUCGUGCCAACCCAAGCCACGUGUGGACUACCCGACCGGAGCACUUUCUGUCACAGCUCGGUGGAGGUCGAAAGUAUCCGGUUCUGUGCCCAGAGGUUUUGCAUUCAAGAUUGUCCAUUCAGAUCUUCUCCCCCUACCUACACCGCCCUGCUCUCCACAGGCCUCCGGAGCUGCAGCACUGCAGACAAGUAUGAUCUGCCGCCCAACUCCCCUAGCAACUCUGCAAGCUUUAUUUUUGGGAAUCACAAGAACUGCUUCUCCUCUCCUCCCACUUCAAGGCUGGCGGCAUCAUUUACUUUCACCGUGUGGUUGAAACCUGAGCAAGAAGGUGUAAUGUGUGUUAUAGAAAAGGCAGCAGACGGGCAGCUGGCGUUCAAACUUACAAUAUCUGAGAACGAGACCAUGUUUUAUUAUCGCACAGUAAAUGGUUUGCAGCCUCCAAUAAAAGUAAUGACACUGGGGAGAAUUCUUGUGAAGAAAUGGAUUCAUCUUAGUGUGCAGGUGGAUCAGAAAAAAAUCAGUUUCUUCAUCAAUGGUUUGGAGGAGGAUCAUGCAGCUUUUGAUGCAAGAAUUCUCCGUGGUUCAAUUACCAAUACUGCUUCUGGUACUAUGCAAAUCGGACAGAGUUUAAAUGGUUUACACCAGUUUGUUGGAAGAAUGCAAGAUUUUCGAUUAUACCAAGUGGCGCUUACAAACAGAGAAAUUCUGGAAGUGUUUUCUGGAGAUCUGCCCAGAGUGCAUGUCCAGUCCCAGUGCCGCUGUCCGGGGAGCCACCCUCGAGUUCACCCCCGGGUGCAACGGUUCUGCAUUUCUAAUGAUGCAGAAGACACAACUGAGGACAGAGUGUCAAGGCUGAACUCGGAAGCCCAUCCUCUCUCGUUUGUCAAUGAUAAUGAUUUUGGCACUUCAUGGGUUUCACGUAUAUUUACAAACAUUACUCAACUUAACCAAGGAGUAACUCUUUCUAUAGAUUUGGAAAAUGGACAGUAUCAGGUCUUCUAUAUUAUCAUUCAGUUUUUCAGUCCACAACCAACAGCGAUACGGAUUCAAAGGAAGAAAGAGGACGAAGCAGAUUGGGAGGACUGGCAAUACUUUGCCAGAAAUUGCAGUGUUUUUGGAAUGAGGAACAAUGGAAAAUUGGAAACCCCUGAUUCUGUCAACUGUCUUCAGCUUUCCAAUUUCGCUCCCUAUUCCCGCGGCAGUGUUACUUUUAGCAUCCUGAGUCCUGAACCACAGCAUCGUCCUGGCUACAAUGACUUCUAUAACACCCGAUCUCUUCAAGAGUUUGUAAAAGCCACACAGAUAAGGUUCCAUUUCCAUGGACAGUACUAUACACCUGAGACUGCUGCCAACCUCAGGCACAGAUACUAUGCAGUGGAAGAAAUCACCAUCAGUGGGCGAUGUCAGUGCUCUGGCCAUGCUGAUGCCUGUGAUACAACGAGCCAGCCAUAUAGAUGCCUGUGUUCUCAGGAAAGCUUCACGGAAGGACUUCAUUGUGAUCGCUGUUUGCCUCUUUAUAAUGACAAGCCCUUCCGCCAAGGUGAUCAAGUUCAUGCCUACAAUUGUAGACAGUGUCAUUGCAACAGCCAUUCCCGAAGCUGCCACUAUGACAUUUCAGUGGACCCUUUCCCAUUGGAGCACCACAGAGGGGGUGGAGGAGUUUGUGACGACUGUGAGCAUAACACGACAGGAAGGAACUGUGAGCUGUGCAAGGAUUACUUUUUCCAACAAGUUGGUGCCGAUCCUGCGGCCAUCGAUGUUUGCGUACCUUGUGAUUGUGAUAAAGUUGGCACCAGAAAAAAUAGCCUCGUCUGUGAUCAGAUUGGAGGCCAAUGUGAUUGUAAGAGACAUGUGUCUGGCAGACGGUGCAAUCAGUGCCAGGAUGGAUUCUACAAUCUGCAAGAGUUGGAUCCUGAGGGCUGCAGUCCCUGUAACUGUAAUACCUCUGGGACAGUGGAUGGAGAUAUUACCUGUCACCAAAAUUCAGGCCAGUGCAAGUGCAGAGCAAAUGUUAUUGGACUCCGGUGUGAUCACUGUGCCUUUGGAUUUAAAUUUCUCAGAAGUGUUCAGAGGGACGGGUGUGAGCCUUGCCGCUGUCACCUCCAUGGCUCAGUAAACGAGUUCUGCAACCCUCUUUCUGGCCAGUGUGAAUGCAAAAAGGACACCCAAGGGCUUCAGUGUGACACCUGCCGAGAACACUUCUACGGACUGGACAUCACCGGUUGUAAGGCCUGUGGCUGUGAUGUAGCUGGCACCCUCUCUGGGACCAUCUGCGAUGCCCACACCGGACAGUGCAUCUGUAAGCCCAAUGUCGGAGGAAGACAGUGCAAUGAAUGUUUGGAAGGAUAUGUCCACGUACAACAGCAAAAUAAUUCUUUCCUCUGCCUGCCUUGUCACUGUGAUGGGACAGGGACAGUAAAUGGCUCUCUGCUGUGUGAGAAAUCAACAGGACAAUGUCAUUGCAAAUUAGGGGUAACAGGUCUGCACUGUAAUCAGUGUAAGCCUCACAGGUACAAUUUGACCAUAGGCAAUUUUCAAGGCUGCCAGAUGUGUAUGUGUGACUCCUUGGGGACACUGCCUGGGACCAUUUGUGACCCAAUCAGUGGCCAGUGCCUAUGUUUGCCUAAUCGUCAAGGAAGAAAAUGCAAUCAGUGUGAACCAGGUUUUUAUAUUUCUCCAAGCAAUGCCACUGGUUGCCUACCAUGUUCAUGCCAUAUAACAGGUGCAGUUAAUCAAAUCUGUGAUAGCCUCACUGGUCAGUGUGUUUGCCAAGAUACUUCCAUUGCCGGGCAAAAUUGUGACCAUUGCAAGGAUCAUUAUUUUGGAUUUGAUCAUCAGACUGGCAGAUGCCAGCCAUGCAAUUGUCAUCUCUCAGGAGCCUUGAAUGAAACCUGUCACUCAGUCACGGGCCAGUGUUUCUGUAAACGAUUUGUCACUGGCUCAAAGUGUGAUGCCUGUGCUCCCAGUGCAAGUCAUUUGGAUGUCAACAAUCUAUUGGGUUGCAGCAAAACUCCACUUCAGCAACCUCCACCCAGAGGACAAGUUCAAAGUUCUUCUGCUAUCCAUCUUUCCUGGAGUCCACCUGAUUCUCCAAAUGCCCACUGGCUUUCUUACAGUCUAUUCAGGAAUGGCUUUGAAAUCCACACAACUGAAGAUCGAUACCCAUACAAUAUUCAAUACUUUUUGGACACUGCCUUGUCUCCAUACACCGUCUAUUCCUAUUACAUCAAGACCUCCAGUGCGCAUGGUUCAACAAGGAGUGCAGCUGCCACUUACAGGACAAAAUCUGGGGUCCCACAGGGAAGCCUGAACUUAAGUUAUGUCAUUCCUGUAAGCUCAGACUCUGUGCAGCUUACCUGGACUGCACCCUCAAAUGAUUCUGGUCCUAUUGAAAACUACAUUUUGUCUUGUGCACGGUUAGAUGGCACCCAAGCAUGUGCUCCCUUUGAAAGUCAGAGAACUGCAGCUGCGAUCUGGAAUCUGCUUCCGUUCACCACCUACCGUUUCUCUGUGCAGGCCUGCACUAAUGGGGGCUGUCUGAGUAGCUUGCCCAUGACAGUGACAACAGCCCAGGCCCCUCCCCAGAGGCUGAGCCCACCUGAGGUUCACAAGAUCAGUUCCACAGAACUUCAUGUAGAAUGGUCACCACCGCUGGAACCAAAUGGAAUAAUUAUCAGAUAUGAACUGUACAUGAAAAGAUCCAGUUCUACGGGAGAAACUGUGCCUGCAGAAAGAAGAGUUUUUCAGAACAGUGGCUGGUUCCGUCCUCACCCAUUUACAGACUCAGCCAGUGAAAAUGCAUUACAGCCUCCCCAAACAACCACAGUCAUCAGUGGCUUGGAUCCAUAUACCAAAUAUGAGUUUAGAGUCUUAGCUGUGAAUAUGGCUGGUAGUGUGUUUUCUGCUUGGACAUCAGGAAGAACAAGUGAAUCAGUACCUGUCUUCAUGACCCCUCCUUCAGUCUCCCCUCUCUCACCGUACUCUCUGAACAUAUCUUGGACAAAGCCAGCCACGCAUGCUACAAGGGGAGAAAUUGUGAGGUAUGACAUCGGUAUGAUGCCAGAGCAGCUGCCUCAACACUCUAGACCAGGGACCUCUUAUUCACAGGUAUUAUACAGUGUGAAACCCCAAGAACUAUCUUACAUUGUACACAGAUUGAAACCUUACAAAUUGUACAAUUUUACUAUUUCUCUCUGCAAUUCCGUUGGUUGUGUAACCAGUGCUCCAGAAACAGGACAGACUUUGGCGGCAGCCCCAGCCCGUCUGAAGUCUCCUUUCGUCAAAGGGAUCAACAGCACGACCAUCUAUCUUCGGUGGCUCCCACCUGAAGAACUGAAUGGGCCUUCUCCUAUAUAUCAUGUGGAAAGGAGAGAGUCAUCUUUAGCAGCUCCAACAACCACAAUGAUGAAAGGAAUUCGUUUUAUGGGCAACGGGUAUUGUAAAUUUCCCAGCUCGGUUCUGCCAGUCAACACAGACUUUACAGGCAUUAAGACCAGCUUCCGAACAAGGGUGCCUGAAGGUUUGAUUGUCUUUGCUGCAUCUCCUGGUGAUCAAGAGGAGUAUUUUGCACUUCAGUUGAAGAAUGGGCGUCCUUAUUUCCUUUUUAAUCCUCAGGGAUCACCAGUGAAAGUUACAACAACGAAUGAUGGUGGUAAACAAUAUAGUGAUGGUGAAUGGCAUGAAGUAAUUGCUAUUAGGCACCAGGCUAAUGGCCAAAUUGUUCUCGAUGGACAGUACACAGGUUCCUCUGCUGCCCUGACUGGUAGCACGGUUAUCGGAGACAACACAGGAGUUUUUGUGGGAGGGCUGCCCCAAGAUUACACCAGCCUCAGGAAGGAUCUUGAGAUAACUCAAAAGAGUUUUGUGGGCUGUCUCAGGGACAUGCAUCUUAUGAAGAAUUAUACUCCCUCUGCUAUCUGGGAACCUCUGGAUUGGCAGUGUUCUGAAGAGCAAGUCAAUGUGUAUAACAGCUGGGAAGGAUGUCCUACUUCACUAGAAGAGGGUGUCCACUUCCUAGGAACAGGGUUCCUGGAACUUCAUUCAUAUGUCUUUCAUGGUGGAAUGGACUUUGAGAUUUCCUUCAAGUUCAGAACCGAUCAGUUGGAUGGACUCCUGCUUUUUGUUUACAACCGAGAUGGACCUGAUUUUCUUGCUAUGGAACUGAAGAGUGGAAUAUUGAGCUUUCUGCUGCAUACCAGUCUUACCUUUACGCAAGUGGAUCUCUGGCUGGGGCUGGACUACUGUGAUGGAAAGUGGAAUGAAGUGGUUAUGAAAAAGGAAGGCUCAGUCAUAUCGGCAAGCAUGAAUGGACUGACAGAGUACGUGUCAGAAUCCAGGGCCCAGCCUCUGACGGUGAAUUCCCCAGUCUACGUGGGAGGAAUCCCACAGGAGCUGCACAGCACAUAUGAACACCUGAGUCUUGAACAAGGUUUUGGUGGUUGCGUGAAGGAUGUUAAAUUUACACGAGGUGCUGUCGUUAACUUGGCAUCUGUGUCCAGCAGUGCUGUCAGAGUCAAUCUGGAUGGAUGCCUAUCAACUGACAGUGCUGUUAACUGCAGGGGAAAUGACUCCAUCCUGCUUUACGGGGGGAAGGAGCCGAGUGUGUAUGAGCGCGGUCUCCAGCCUUUUACAGAAUACCUGUAUCGAGUGAUCGCCUCGCACGAAGGAGGUUCAGUAUAUAGUGAUUGGAGUCGGGGACGUACCAAGGGAGCAGCUCCACAAAGUGUGCCAACUCCCUCCAGAGCCCGCAGCAUAAACGGAUAUAGCAUGGAGGUGACUUGGGAGAAACCUGUUGUGGUUCCAGGCAUAAUUGAGAAGUACAUUCUGAAAGCAUACAGGGAGGACCAGCCCCAGCCAUCUCUGCUUCCCUCGGCCAGUGCUGAGUUGGUCAAUACCAGCAUCUUCACAGGCAUAUUGACGGGCUUGCUACCCUUCAAAAACUAUGCAGUGACCCUAACUGCCUGCACUUUGGCUGGCUGCACCGAGAGCUCACAUGCAUUGAACAUCUCUACUCCACAAGAAGCCCCAAAAGAGGUUCAGCUACCAGUAGCCAAAUCUCUUCCAAAUUCUUUGUUAAUCUUCUGGAAACCACCCAAACAGGCAAAUGGCAUAAUAACGCGGUACUCUUUAUAUAUGGAUGGGAUGCUGAUCUAUUCAGGAAAUGGAGAGAACUGCACAGUCACUGGUUUGGCAGUGUUUACACCUUACCAGUUUGUGCUGCGUGCAUGCACCCAUGUGGGCUGUGCAAACAGUUCCAGGGUCGCUCUGUACACGGCGCAGCUGCCACCCGAACGUGUGGAAUCACCGAUUUUGACUAUCUUGGAUGCUAGAACCAUAUACAUACAGUGGCAGCAACCAAGGAAAAUAAAUGGAAUUCUGGAACGCUAUGUAUUAUAUAUUUCAAAUCACACGCAUGAUUUUACAAUUUGGGAUGUCAUCUAUAACAGUACAGAACUUUUUCAGGAUCAUGUACUACAAUAUCUUUUCCCUGGUAGUAAAUAUCUCAUCAAGCUGGAAGCUUGCACUGGCGGGGGGUGCACUGUAAGUGAAGCCAGCGAGGUCCUCACAGAGGAGAGCAUUCCCCAAGGAGUCCCGCCCCCCAGGGUGCACUCACAUUCACCUGAUUCCUUUAACAUCUCCUGGACAGAGCCUGAGUAUCCGAAUGGUAUUAUAACAGCGUAUGGACUAUAUCUAGAUGGCGUAUUAAUUCACAACUCCUCAGAACUCAGCUGUCAUGCACAUGGAUUUGCUCCGGGGAGCUUACAUUCCUUCAGAGUCCAGGCAUGCACCGCUAAAGGUUGCACAAUGGGUCCAGUGGUGGGAAAUCGCACUCUGGAAGCCCCUCCGGAAGGAACAGUCAACGUGUUUGUCAAAAGAGAGGGAUCCCGAGAAGUCCAUGUGAAGUGGGAAGCCCCUUUGUCCCCUAAUGGAUGCAUAACAUAUUCAGUCCUCUUUUCUGGAAUUUUCUACGCAGCUCAAGUGGGAAAUGGUUACGACACCAUUUUGAAUGGCACACGCAUCGUGUACAGCAGUGAAAACAGCCGCUGGGUGCUCGUCGAUGGGUUGAUUCCGUUUACUGACUAUACUGUUCAAGUGAACGCUUCGAAUAGCCAAGGCAGCUUGAUAAGUGAACCAAUCACCAUUUCAAUGCCUCCAGGAGCUCCAGAUGGCCUGCUGCCUCCCAGGCUUUCAUCUGCCACUCCAACCAGUCUUCAGGUCGUCUGGUCUACACCAGCUCGUAACAAUGCUCCCGGCUCUCCCAGAUACCAACUCCAGAUGAGACCUGGCCGCUCCACCCAUGAAUUACUAGAGUUAUUUUCCAAUCCUUCUGCAUCAAUGAGCUAUGAAGUGAGAGACCUCCAACCGUACACAGUGUAUGAGUUUCGGCUGGUUGCCUCCAAUGGAUUUGGCAGCGCACAUAGUUCUUGGAUUCCAUUCAGGACCACGGAGGACAAACCUGGGCCCAUAGACCCUCCAGUUCUUCUAGAUGUGAAGUCAAGAACAAUGUUGGUCACCUGGCAGCAUCCUCUAAAGUCCAACGGAGUUAUAACUCAUUAUAAUAUUUACCAACAUGGCCAUCACUACUUGAAAACUUUUGGAAAUGUUUCUACUUGCACACUGGUCCAUUUGGACCCAUACACUGCCUACCAGUUUCAGGUAGAAGCCUGCACUUCAAGAGGAUGCUCCCUUUCACCGAAGUCCCAGAUCGUAUGGACACUUCCAGAUGCUCCAGAAGAUAUCCCACGUCCAGAGCUGUUCUCUGAUACACCAACCUCUGUGAUUAUAUCGUGGAUCCCCCCUGCCCAUCCCAAUGGUUUAGUGGAGAACUUCACAAUUGUGAGAAGACCCAAAGGGAAGGAAGAAGUCACUACCCUGGUCACUCUCCCAAGACAUCAUCCCAUGCGGUUUAUUGAUGAUGUUCCUGCUCUUAGCCCAUGGACAACAUAUGAAUACCAGGUCCUGGUGAGCACUUUGAAUGGAGGUACAAAUGGCAGUGCUUGGGCAGAAGUUAUCACAAGACCCUCAAGACCCGCUGGGGUCCAGCCACCCAUGGUUCAUGUGGUAGGACCCAAAGCAUCCACGGUCACGUGGAUACCCCCGCUCAUCCAGAAUGGAGACAUACUUAGCUAUGAGAUCCGAAUGCCCAACCCUCAGAUCAUGAUGAAAAAUAUUACAUCCGCUGUACUUACUCAGCUAAUAACUAACUUGAUUCCUUUCACAAAUUAUUCUGUCACCAUUGUGGCUUGCUCAGGGGGCCAUGGCUACCUAGGAGGGUGCACAGAGAGUUUGCCCACCUAUAUUACCACCCACCCCACCCUACCCGAGGAUGUUAACCCCUUGUUGGUGGUUCCGCUAAGUGAAUCAUGUAUUGGGAUAUCUUGGCAACCACCAUGCAAGCCAAACGGACCUGACUUGAGAUAUGAGCUUCUGAGACGUAAAAUUCAGCAACCACUUGCAUCAAAUCCCCCAGAUGAUUUAAAUCUGUGGCACAAUAUUUAUUCAGGAACUCAGCGGUUUUAUGAAGAUAAGAGUCUUAGCAGGUUUACAACAUAUGGAUAUAAGCUCUUUGUACACAACAGUGUGGGUUUCACGCCAAGUCAGGAAGCAAAUGGGACGACAUUAGCUGGGCCUCCACAGAGAGGAGCCAACCUCACUGCACAUGCUCUUAACCACACGGCUAUCCACGUGGAGUGGACGAAACCAACUCUCCAAGACCUACAAGGCAAUGUUGAAUAUUAUACACUUUUUUGGAAUUCUGCUUCCUCAAAUGAAUCUCUCAAAAUCCUCCAACAUGCAAACUCCCAUGUCAUUGGCCACUUAAGUCCAAACACAAAGUAUUGGAUAUUUAUCUCAGCCUUCAAUGGAGUCCACAGCAUCCACAGUGAAGUCCAGCACGCAACCACUUGUGAUGGAGAGCCUCAGGGCCUGCUUCCUCCCGAGGUUGUCACCAUCAACAGUACAGCUGUGCACGUCAUCUGGACAUCUCCUUCAAAUCCAAAUGGUGUUGUCACCAACUAUUCCAUCUAUGUAAAUAAUAAGCUCUACAAGACUGGCAUGAAUGUGGCCGGGUCGUUCGUUCUGAGAAACCUGUCACCCUUCACUAUCUAUGGCAUUCAGGUUGAAGUGUGCACAAAGUAUGCUUGUGUGAAAAGCAGUGAGACUCAAAUCACCACUGUGGAAGACACCCCAGCGGAUAUACCAACUCCCACAGUUCAUGGCAUCACUUCAAGAUCACUUCAAAUUGACUGGGUGUCUCCAGGGAAGCCAAAUGGCAUCAUUCUUGGAUACGAUCUCUUACGGAAAACAUGGCAUGCAUGCCCCCAAACUCAGAAGUUAAUGAAUGACCACAAGCGUGCUCAGUGCAGAGGAGUGCGGUGUCAAAAACCUCAAGACAUCUGUGGACACAUUUGCUAUUCUCCUGAAGCAAAGGUUUGCUGUAAUGGAGUCCUCCACAGCGCCCAGCCAGAGCACAGCUGUUGUGAAGAGAAGUAUUUGCCACUCGCCAGGAGUUCAACAGCAGUGUGCUGUGGUGGCCGAAUCCGAGAGGCACGACCAAACCACCAGUGCUGCUCUGGGUAUUAUGCUAGGAUUCUACCAGGUGAAAUAUGUUGUCCAGAUGAACAGCACAACCGGGUUUCUGUUGGCCGUGGCGACGCCUGCUGUGGCAGAAUGCCAUACUCCACCUCGGGACACCAGAUUUGCUGUGCUGGGAGGCUCCACGAUGGUCACGCCCAGCAGUGCUGUGGUGGGCAGAUUGUGAGCAGAGAGUUAGAGUGCUGCGGUGGAGAAGACGAGGGUGCGGUGUUCACUCGCCUCCCAGGGAUGCUCUGUUGUGGGCAGGAUUAUGUGAAUAUGUCGGAUACCAUAUGCUGCUCGGCUUCCAGUGGAGAGUCUAAAGCCCAUGCUAAAAAGGGUGACCCGGUGCCAGUGAAAUGCUGUGAAACUGAACUUAUCCCAGAGAGCCAGCGAUGCUGCGAUGGAGUUGGAUAUAAUCCUUUGAAAUAUGUUUGCUCUGACAAGAUUUCACCUGGAAUGAUGAUGAAGGAAACCAGUCAGUGCGUGACUCUCUGCCCAGCUGCCAUGGAGGCCACAGCACAUUGUGGCAAGUGUGACUUCAACUUUAGCAGCCAAGUCUGCGUUGUAAUAAAAGGGCCUCACAAUUCCACAGAGAAGACAUCAGUGGAAGAACUAUGCCCCUCCGCUGAAGAACGUGUGCAUACAGGGAGCGCAAACAUUUAUUCCUUUACAGAUGUAAACGUGGAACCCUAUAGGAUGUAUGAGUAUAGGGUCUCUGCGUGGAAUGGCUAUGGCCGAGGAUUCAGCAAAGCCGUUAGAGCAAGAACUAAGGAGGAUGUGCCACAAGGAGUGAGUCCGCCCAGGUGGACCACAGUGGACCAUCUGCAAGAUGUAAUAGUGUUGAACUGGAAAAAGCCAAUACAAUCAAAUGGUCUUAUUAUUUACUAUAUUCUUCUCCGAAAUGGAAUUGAAUGCUUUCGUGGAACAUCUUUGAGCUUCUCUGACACAAAGGGAAUUCAGUCAUUUCAGGAAUAUUCAUACCAGUUGAAAGCCUGCACAGCUGUUGGCUGUACUGCCAGCAACAAGGUACUCGCAGCCACUACCCAAGGAGUCCCAGAGAGCGUCCUGCCCCCGAGAAUCAGAGCCACCAGUGUGGAGGCUCUACAUCUGAGCUGGACUGUACCCGAGAAACCAAAUGGUGUCAUUAAAGAGUACCGGCUCUGGCAGGCUGGGAAAGGGCUCAUCUACACGGAUGUCACUGACAGGCGGCAGCAUACGGUCACAGGUCUCCUGCCACACACCAGCUACAGUUUCACAAUUACUGCCUGCACAUCUGCUGGCUGUACUUCAAGUGCGCCUUUUCUAGGUCAGACACUGCAGGCGGCCCCUCAAGGAGUUUGGGCAAACCCUCGACACAUUAUCAUCAAUUCCUCAACAGUGGAAUUACAUUGGAGUCAGCCAGAAAAGCCCAAUGGCCUCAUUUCUCAGUAUUGCCUGAGACGAAAUGGAACCUUGGUUUUCCUGAGUGGCAGUGAGGGACAGAAUUUCACUGAUACAAACCUGGAGCCCAACAGCAGAUAUGUUUAUAAAUUGGAAGCCCAAACUGGAGGUGGCCGCAAUACUAGUGAUGACUAUGUUGUGCAAACACCUGCAUGGGCACCAGAAGAAAUACAUUCUCCAUAUAAUGUAACAGUAAACGGGCCUAAUUCCAUAUUCCUAGCUUGGACCCCACCAGGGAUUCUCAUCCCACAAAUGCCUGUGGAUUACAAUAUCUUACUCAAUGCUGGAAGUGACACACCUCUGACCUCCCCUGUUGGUCACCACCAUUCCAUCCUGCUGGAAAACUUAGCACCAUUCACACAGUAUGAGAUCAGGAUCCAAGCGUGUCAAAAUGGAGGUUGUGGAGUUAGCAGUAGGACGUUUGUUCGAACAGCUGAAGACAGACCAGGCAAUCUUAGUUCUCCCGUUCUUAAGGCACUGGGGUCAGCUUGCAUAGAAGUUACAUGGAUGCCACCUACAAUUCCAAAUGGCAUUAUCAUCAAUUACUUUAUUUACAGACGUGCUGCUGGCCUGGAAGAGGAGACCCUUUUGUUCAUGUGGUCAGAAGGAGCCCUUGAAUUUACUGAUACCUCGGGUGCUUUAAGGCCUUUCACGCUCUACGAAUACCAGGUCAGAGCCCAGAAUUCCCAGGGCACAGUAGAGAGCCCGUGGUCAGCAGCACGGACCCUGGAAGCCCCACCUCAAGAUCUACCAGCACCUUGGGCUCAAGCCACCAGUGCUCACUCAAUUCUGCUAAAUUGGACUGAGCCAGAAACUCCCAAUGGUAUUAUUUCCCAGUACCACGUGGUCUACCAGGAGAGACCAGUUGAUUCAGCAUCUGAUGUCUCUACUGUACAUGCUUUCACAGUGAAGGGAACAAGAUUUCAAUCCCACCUGUUCGGGUUAGAACCAUUCACAACUUAUCACAUCGGUGUUGUGGCUGCCAACCAAGCAGGAGAAGUUGCAAGUCCCUGGACUCUGGUUCAGACCUUAGAAUCUUCCCCGAGUGGGCUGAGCAACUUUACAGUAGAACAGAAAGAGAAUGGACGAGCGUUGCUACUCCAGUGGUCAGAGCCUGCAAGAAACAAUGGUGUCAUUAAGGAAUAUAACAUCUUCAGCGAUGGUACCCUCAAGUACGCGGGGUUGAACUGUCAGUAUCUCCUUCGUCGCCUGCACCCCUUCACUCUCUAUACACUGACUUUGGAGGCCUGCACCAGCGCGGGCUGCGCACACUCAGCCCCCCAGCCUCUGUGGACAGAUGAGGCCCCUCCCAACUCUCAGUUCGCUCCCACCAUUCAGUCUGUGGGGCCCACGAGCGUUGAACUGAGCUGGUCUGAGCCAGUUGACACAAAUGGAAAGAUAAUCCGCUAUGAAGUGAUUCGCAGAUGCUUCGAGGGAAAAGGUUGGAGGAACCAAACAAUCCAAGCAGAUGAGAAAACUGUUUUCACAGAAUAUAAUACUGAAAGGGGCACAUUUAUGUAUAAUGACACUGCUUUGCAGCCAUGGACGCGGUAUGAAUACAGAAUCAACACUUGGAAUUCAGCAGGCCAUAGCUUGAGCUCCUGGACUGCAGUCAGCACAAAGCCAGCAGCCCCACAAGGCCUCUCCCCACCUGAGAUCUCCUACAUGUCUGUGCAUCCCCGACGACUGCUGGUUUCCUGGAGCCCACCAGAGCAGUCUAAUGGUGUCAUCCAGUCCUACAGGCUUAGAAAAAACGGCAUGCUCCAUCCUUGCAGCUUUGAUGCUGGGACUUUCAAUUACACCGAUGGAGAACUACUUCCAUUUUCUACAUAUAGUUAUGCGGUCAUGGCCUGCACAAGUGGAGGCUGCUCCAUCAGCAAGCCCGCCAACCUCCAAACUCCAGAGGCUGCUCCAGAAGGGGUCAGUCCUCCGGCUCUCUGGGUCAUCAGUGCCUCUCAAAUUAAUAUAUCUUGGCUACCGCCGUCAGAUCUAAAUGGAAAGAUCACUAAAUAUCUGCUUCGAUCCAAUGGUAAGGAGUAUCAGGCUGGGCAGGGCCACUCCACGCUGGUUUCUGACCUGCAGCCUUGCACUCAAUAUAACUUUUCCCUAGUGGCCUGCACCAAUGGAGGUUGCACGGCUAGUGUGUCCAUGUCUGCCUGGACAUUGGAGGCCCCACCACAGAACAUAGAGGCUCCAAUAUUGCAAGUCACGGGCUCAGCAUCAAUAGAAAUCACCUGGAAAUCUCCAAGAAACCCAAAUGGCCGAAUCAGAAGUUACGAACUUAGGAGAGAUGGAGCUAUAGUAUACACUGGACUGGAAAGUCGCUAUCAUGAUUUUACUCUCACACCAGGUGUGGAGUACGGCUACACAGUGACUGCCAACAACAGCCAGGGUGGCAUUUUGAGCCCACUUAUUAAAGCUCGAACCAGCCCCUCAGCACCCUCAGGGAUGGAACCUCCAAAGCUGAAGCCCAAGGAUCCUCAGGAGAUCUUAGUGACUUGGGACCCUCCAGUGAAGACAAAUGGCAACAUUGUCAACUAUACCCUUUAUAUCCAUGAGCUGUUUAAAAGAGACACAAAAAUCAUACACGUAAACAUAACUCAAACUUCUUUUGGUACACGGUCAUGCAUAGUAAACCAGCUACAGCCAUUCCACAGGUAUGAGGUCCGCAUUCAAGCAUGCACCAUGCUAGGAUGUGCAUCUAGUGACUGGGCAUCCAGAGAGACUCCUGAAGCUCCACCGCUGGUGCAACCUGCUCCCCACCUUGAGGCACAGAUGGCUCCCGGAGGAUUCCAGCCCACCAUUUCUCUCUUGUGGACGGGGCCACUUCAGCCAAAUGGGAAAAUGUUAUACUAUGAAUUGUACAGAAGACAAAUAGUGGCACAGCUCGGAAAGUCAAAUCUGGUCCUAACCUAUAAUGGAAGUGCAAGCUACUUUCUUGAUUCAGAACUUUUGCCUUUCACAGAAUAUGAAUAUCAGGUCUGCGCAGUGAAUUCAGCAGGAAAAGCACCCAGUAACUGGACCAGGUGUAGGACUGGGCCCGCCCCUCCAGAAGGACUCCAAGCCCCCAAGUUCCACAAGGUGACUUCUACCCAAGCAGUGGUGAACAUCAGCACUCCUGGGAAACCCAACGGCAUCAUCAGUCUCUACAGGCUGCUCUCCAGCAGCACUGGGGGUGCACCGUUGGUGCUAGCUGAAGGCACAGCCACCCAGCAGACACUCCAUGGCCUGCAGCCCUUCACCACAUACUCCAUAGGGGUCGAGGCCUGCACCUGCUGCAACUGUUGCACCAAAGGACCAACAGCGGAAUUGAGGACUCACCCUGCACCACCCUCAGGACUGCCCUCUCCCCGAAUCCAGACACUGGCCUCGAGAAUGGCUUCCUUCCAGUGGAGGCCUCCCCAGUCUCCUAACGGUGUCAUUCAAAGCUACGAGCUCCAACUCUACGUGCCUUGUCCUCCUGAUGCAGCCGUGCCCUGUACUCCCAGCCAAACAGAGACCAGAUUCAAGGGGCCUGGGCGGCAAGCCAACGUAGCAGGUCUCCAGCCUUAUACCACCUACAGGCUGAGAGUGGUGGUGCACAACGAGGUGGGCAGUGCAGCUUCGGACUGGAUCAGCUUCACCACCCACAGAGCACUGCCUCAGUACCAAGCCCCGUUUUCCGUGGACAGCAAUUUGUCUGUGGUGUCUGUCAACUGGAGCGCUACUUUCCUUCUGAACAGCCCGCUGAAGGAGUACGUGCUGAUGGACGGAGGGCAGCUUGUGUACAGUGGCUUCGACACCACCCUCUACAUUCCCAGGACAGCCGAUAAAACCUUCUUUUUCCAGGUCAUUUGCACUACAGAUGAAGGAAGUGUGAAGACACCUGUGAUCCAAUAUGAUCCCUCUACUGGGCUUGGCCUGGUGCUGACAACUGCUAGCGAAAAGCGGGGGUCAGGAAGCAAAGGCUCGGAGUUCUACAGCGAGCUGUGGUUCAUCGUGCUGAUGGCAAUGCUGGCCUUGAUCUUGUUGGCCAUUUUUCUGUCCCUGAUUCUGCAAAGGAAGAUCCACAAGGAGCCGUAUAUCAGAGAGAGACCGCCUUUAGUUCCUCUUCAGAAGAGGAUGUCUCCACUGAAUGUCUAUCCACCCGGCGAGUCCCAAGUGGGAUUAGCUGACACCAAAAUCCCUCGCUCCGGGACUCCUGUGAGUGUUCGGAGCGCUCGAAGUGUGUCUGUCCUGCGAAUCCCAAGUCAAAGCCACAUCAGCCCACCCUAUUCUCAAGGAUCUCUCCACCGCAGUGUCAGCCAGCUCCUGGACGUCCGAGACAAGAAAGUCCCGGUGGAUGACUCGCUGUGGGAAACCAUCAUGGGCCAUGACAGUGGACUGUAUGUGGAUGAAGAAGAUUUGAUGAAUGCCAUCAAGGGGUUCAGUUCAGUGACCAAAGAACACACCACGUUCACGGACACCCACCUCUAAUGGCGCCACGGGAAGAUGGAAUGCAGGUUCCGCACUUCCCUUUCUCUUGUCACUGGCUGCCACAUCGGUGUGGAGAAGCUUGCAUUUUAAACAUGUUCCUCCCGAAAGGGGGUCUAAGAAAUGUUGUUUUUCUGGUUUUAUGAAGUGAGGGGGUAAUAUGUCUAUGAAGCCUUUUGUUUGCGUUUGCUUACUUUGUGGAAGAUAAAGCAGCAUGUCAAUGUCA